AUUGAUUAGAUUAGUUCACCUGCCAGACCCAGGCCAAAGAGUAGUAGAAGUAAAACGGCGAAGUAGAAUGUUGUAAAUUUUAAAAAUUCGAUUUAAGUCUCAGUUGUCAGACAAAUUAGCGUGCUAUUUUUUCAGACCGAUGUUGCUCGUUUUAUUACAUUUUCUGGCCCUUUUGGCCGCAUGUGUUUCUUACCCCAUUGAACCCCUGAGCGAACAGGUUAGCCCAAAAUACUACUCUGUUGAGUUAGCGUUAGAAAAUAACGGGUCCUUCACAGGAGUCGUUACCAUCGGCUUUAAUACUUCGUCAGCUACGCUAAGAGAUAACAAACUAGUCCUUAACAAUGAUGGACUCGAACUCGUCAACGCUCACCUGAAGGACCACAAUGAAAAAGAAGAGUUUCUUACUCUAUUUUCAACGAAUACCACACUGCGCACAGUUACUUUUCAGCUGGGUCACCCUUUGCAAAAAAGCAGCUUUUACGAGCUGAAGAUUUCUUUUUUUGGUAAAGCGUCAAAUGAUGGCCGCGGCUUAUUCAGUCUGGACGACGGAAAAAGUUUCAUGACGAAUUUCCAUCCGUUUUACGCCCGGCGAGUCUUCCCAUGCUUCGACAGCCCGGAUAAAAAAGCGCAGUUUUCUCUUGUGUUUAUGACUACGAACAACUAUGUCGUUUCCAACAUGCCGCUGGAGAGUUCGACUAGUACGCCUGAGGGGAUGACUCGUUACGUCUUCAAAUCGACACCCAACAUUCCGCCCCACAGUUUUUUUCUGUUAACAUCACAGACAGAGUUCACAAAGUAUGCGAGCUUGCCCUGGGGCGACGUCGGUUUUUACUUGUACCCGCAGUUUACGAAAAUGCAAUUCUUUAACGAGAUAGUUCACAUUGCCGAUUCACCUUUGCUUCGUGAACUGUGGAACAAGGCCGGGAUGGAAAAACUGGACGUGCUCGUUGUGAGAAACUUCAAAGAAAAAUUCUUCUCCGGAUACGGUGUCGUCGUGUUGAGUAAAGAUCUGGUACAGUUCGACAAUUAUCAAUCGACUACAGAAAUGAAACGUGAAGCAGCUUUGACCGUGUUGGAAGCCUUUCUUCGGGUAUAUUUCGGAAGCGUCGUCUCUCCUUUCAGAUGGGAAUCUAAUUGGCUCUCAAGUUCUUUGUCAUAUUACCUCAGAUUUUUAGCGUUUAAUAAUAACUUGAAUUGGGGUGAUAUGGACGAGUAUAUGCUACUCGAUGUACAUCUUAAAACGCUCACAGAUCCUAUGAAUUCAACCACCAGCCCCAUCGCCUUAUCAGAUUCAUUCAAUACCACAGAAGAAUUGGAAGAUUAUGUCACAGGAUCGUCAAAAGUUAAAGGAGCUUCUGUUCUUUCCAUGCUAGAAUCGCUAAUUACAGAAAAUGAUUUAGUAUCUGUGUUUGUGGAUUUUAUGGAUAAUUACAAAUAUGGACUAGGAAUAACCGAAUACAAUCUAUUCACGACAUUGACAACCCACCUGAAGUCCUUGCCAGUUUCGAUGGACGGUUUCUUGCACUCUUGGAUCUUUGAGACGAAUGUGCCCCUGGUUUCAAUGACUAGAGAAAAUUACAGUGUGAAAUUAACGCAGGUUGUUAUGCAGGUUCGGACUGAAGGGAUGAAGUAUCUAAAACCAAAGGAAGGAAGUGAUUUGGAAAAUAGUUUGGUCGAGGUGUCGGAGAACGUACCGUCAAAUUGGAUAUUCCCAGUGUCCUACGUCACGCAAAAAAGACCACAUUACAAUCCAAACCGCCCUGGCCCGAUUUGGUUCCUCGGUCAUGCAGAUUCAAUAGUGUUCAACGAGGCCAUCCCCUACGACGAAUGGGUUGCCAUAAACGUCGAUGGGAAAUCUCCCUUUCUGAGCAAUUACAACGACGACACUUGGACCUCUUUGGGAAUGUCGUUGACUAAUAACGUGAACAGUUUGACACCGAGUACGAGAGCAAAACUUGUCAGCGAUGCUUUUUGGCUGGCAAAGGUGGGAAAGGCCAAUUACACGACAGUCCUGCAUUUCCUCACCUACUUGGACAAAGAAGUGGCCCUUGCCCCUUGGGUUGUUGCUAUAGAAGGAUUCAAAGAUCUCUAUUCCUGGAUUUACUUCACCAAAGACAAAUCUGUAGUCCCAGACUUCAUAAAUUUAAAAUCUGAUUUUGAGAUUUACGUCGUUAAUCGUUUAGUGGGCAUUUACAAUAAAUUGGGUCUUACAGGACUUGAUGCAAAUAAAGAAGACAGUUCGUUGAGGAGGGAGGUGGUCAGUGCACUAUGCUAUUUUGGAUAUGAACCGUGCAGGUCGGCCACGGUCGAACUUUACAAAAAGAUGAUCAACAACAAUACAUUCCAAAUACUCUCAAAUGACAUGAGGCCGAAUUUGCUGUGCGCCGGCUUGCGAGAAACCGUAACAGAAGACGAAUGGUUGAAGUUUUAUCAGCAGCUUUUUUCGCCAGAUCUCAGAGACGAGGUUUUGGACGACCACUUGGACGUCUUGGCCUGCCCCGUCCCGAUUGGCGACAGCAGUGUGCCCAUCAAAAAGUAUCUCACAACGGUAUUGCUUGACAAAAACGAGUUUCCACUGUCAAAGGUCUCCUUGGCAUACAAAACCUUAUACACCAAAGCCUCCCACAUCAACCAAGCGCUGUACUUCCUGCUCGAUAGAUGCGAACUCAUUUCAAAACUGAAGCCUGCGAAGAAAGCCGAAUUGUUAUUGGACAUCGCGCCAUAUCUUUCUACAACAUAUCAUGCUGAUUUGUUGAAAAAAUUCACGGAAAAGCACAAAAAGGCCAGUAAAGAAGUUUUGAAGGCAGUCGACUCGGCUCAGGUUAUGGUACACAACAAGCAGAAAUUUAUCGAAAGCACCAUGUACGACAUUCAAAAAGGCCUUGUGUCACAACCGUCACCUCCGACCCAGUUACCGACCACCCUUCCGACGACUACUUCUUCGGGGUCUUCCACCGGCACUCCUGGUACCGGAUCGACGGCAAGUACGACAAACAGCUCGGUCACGCCCACGAUCGAACCUGCGCCCACCCCCGCACCUAUGAAUUCGGAAGGACUCUCGACCGGGAGCAUCGUCGGCAUUGUCUUCGGGGUUCUGAUAGGCCUGGCCGUCAUAGGUGGCGUUUUGUAUUUCUCAUUCAAAAAAGACGGCUGGUGCUCUUAAUCGAGACAGGAAAACAUUGACUAUUUAAUAAU